UACACAUGAGAUCUCAUACAGGAGAGAAACCAUUUAGCUGCUCAAUUUGUCAGAAAUCUUUUACAAGGAAUGUUCAUUUAAAGGUUCACAUGAGAAAUCAUACAGGAGAGAAACCUUUCAGCUGCUCAGUGUGUGAUAGAAGAUUUGUCCUGAAAGGAAAUAUGAACAGACACAUGAGAAAUCAUACAGGAGAGAAACCUUUUAGCUGCUCAAUUUGUCAGAAAUCUUUCACAAAGAAUGCUCAUUUACAGAUUCACAUGAGAAAUCAUACAGGGGAGAAACCUUUCAGCUGCUCAGUUUGUGGUAAAGCUCUCAGUGAAAGAAGACAUUUAAAGAAACACAUGAGAUCUCACACAGGAGAGAAAGCUUUUAGCUGCUCAGUGUGUGGUAAAGCUUUCGGUGAAAGAGGAUAUUUGAAGGUACACAUGAGAACUCAUACAGGAGAGAAGCCUUUCAGCUGCUCAGUGUGUGGUAAAUCUUUCAGUGAAAGUGGACAUCUGAAGGAACACAGUAGAUCCCACACAGGAGAGAAACCAUUCAGCUGCUCAGUUUGUAAGAAAUCUUUUACAAGGAAUCGUUAUUUACAGAGUCACAUGAGAACUCAUUCAGGAGAGAAUCUUUUCAGCUGCUCAGUGUGUGGUAAAGCUUUCAGUGAAAGUAGAACCCUGCAGGUACACAUGAGAUCUCAUACUGGAGAGAAACCAUUCACCUGCCCACUUUGUCAUAAAUCUUUUACACAGAGUCAGAAUUUACAGAGACAUAUGACAAUUCAUACAGGAGAUAAGCCAUUUAAGUGCUCAGUGUGUGGUAAAGCUUUUAGUUUAAGGGGACAUCUGAAGGAACACAUGAGAACUCAUACAGGAGAGAAACGAUUCCGCUGCUCAUUGUGUGGUAAAGGUUUCAGUGAAAAUGGACAUCUGAAGGGACACAUGAGAACUCAUACAGCAGAGAAACCUUUCAGUUGCUCUAUUUGUCAGAAAUCUUUUAUAAAAAAUGGACUUUUACAGAAUCACAUGAGAACUCAUACAGGAGAGAAACCUUUCAGCUGUUCAGUGUGUGGUAAAGCUUUCCGUGAAAAUGGAUAUCUGAAGAAACACAUAAGAACUCACACAGGAGAAAAGCCUUUCAGCUGUUCCUUUUGUGAGAAAUGUUUUACACUGAGUGAAUCUUUGCGGAAACAUAGGAGAAUCCACACAGGAGAGAAACCUUUUAGCUGCUCAGUUUGUAAGAAAUCUUUUACACAGAAACACACAUUACACAAUCACAUGAAAAUCCAUACAGGAGAGAAACCUUUCAUUUGCAUCAUUUGUCAUCAGAGAUUUUCAAUAAAAGCAUGUUUGAAGAGGCACAUGAAAUAUCAUACAGGAGAGAAACCUUUCAGUUGCUCAUUGUGUGAUAAAAGAUUUAUACGGAAGGUGCAACUGACACACCACAUGGCACAUCACACAGGAGAG